UCGCGGUGGGAGGCCUUCGAAACCGUCGCCGGCCGAGCCGGCUUCGAAAGCCAGAAAGCCGAGCCCGAGCCGAUCAUUCGCCCCCACCCUCCUCUUUUGUCGUCCGCAUUGGGCGCGCUAUUCUGAGCCGGCUCCAUGGACGCCGACUACUCCACCAACAGUGGUUCCAAGCAACACCACUUCGGAGGGAGCGCCUCGUACGAGGAUCACGAUGUGUCGUCUUCGUCCGGAUGGAACUCCGCCCAGCAGAAGCGCAAGCGUUGUCAGGUUGUUCCUCAUGAGGUCAUUCAAAUUGAUGGAGAUGAUGAUCCAGAUUCAGUUAUGAUCAUCCGAGAAAGUAGUUCUGAUUAUAAGAAUAAGCAAACUGUGGAAUAUGAUAUGGAUAGGCAAAAGGAAGCAAAGGGUGUUUAUUCCAAUGAUCUUAUAGGUUCUAGUUCAAAUAGUUCAAACAUUGGUGUGCAAAAUGAUAUUCUCAUGAAUACUGUUACAUGCCCUGAGCUCAACCUAGAAGAUUUUCCCUAUAUGGAUGAAGAGGAGGAAUAUGACGAUGAUGAAGAUGAUGAAGACUAUGAAUAUGAUCCUGAGUUGAUUGAUAAUGAUUGUAACUAUAGUUUGGCUGCUAAAUUUGAUGAUUUGGAUCUACCUCCAGGGGUGGAGGCUUCAGUACCAUGGUUGCAAAAGUCUGAACCUGAAAGGCCAAUUGAUUUCAAGUUGAGGGCACAGACUGGAGAUGAAAUUGACAGCAAAUUUAAAUCAUUCAAGCAGUUCGAUACUGUUGAGGAUUACUCAGAUCAUUAUUAUGCGAAUUCAUCUGCACUGAAUAAGCCAUCAAAAGAUUGGACAAAGAGGAUUCAGCAUGAGUGGAAGGUCCUGGAGAAGGACUUACCAGAGAUGAUAUCUGUAAGAGUCUAUGAAGACAGGAUGGACCUGCUGAGGGCUGUUAUAAUAGGACCAGCAGGAACUCCUUAUCAUGAUGGCCUCUUCUUUUUUGACAUUCAGUUUCCUUCUAACUAUCCACAAUCACCCCCGGCUCUACACUAUCAUUCAGGUGGACUCCGACUUAAUCCAAACUUGUAUGCUUGUGGGAAGGUCUGCCUUAGCCUUUUGAACACCUGGUCUGGCAGCGGUUGUGAAAAGUGGAGCCCAUCAAAUUCGACCAUGCUGCAGGUCUUGGUCUCAAUUCAAGCUCUGGUUCUGAAUUCAAAGCCAUACUUCAAUGAACCAGGAUAUUCUAGGACUGCUAACACACCCCAGGGAGAGAGGAAUUCCUUGGCUUACAAUGAGGAGAUCUUCUUGCUGUCCUGCAGGACAAUGUUGUACUCUCUGCGGAGGCCUUUAAAGCAUUUUGAGGACUUUGUUGCUGGACAUUUCCGCAAGCAGGGACGUGUUAUCCUUGUUGCAUGCAGAGCUUAUAUGGGUGGUGCUCAAGUUGCGUCUGUCAUCAAGGACGAGGUACAAUGUGUUGAUGAGGAUGAUAAGACUCCGAUAACAAGAUUCAAGGUCACACUGAAGAAACUCUUUGAGGAGCUUUUGAUGGAGUUCACCGUCAAAGGAGCUGAUUGUGAUGAAUUUCUUGCUCAGAAAGUCAAAGCUGGAGCAGUUGCUGUCGCUAAAGACUGUGAUACUACACUGAGGCUUUGGCACCUCUCGUUUGAGCUUAAAUACAAGAACUAUUGGACUGUUCCAUUGGAACCGGUCCAUCUAAUAAUUACACCCGGAGUGGAGUGCUUGCUCUUCUUAACCUACCAUCGCCUACAAAUUGGGGCCUCCUGUUCCACGUCCCGAGUCCCAACUCUCGACGGUAAAAUGGCCCCUCCCUCUUUUCCUCCUCCCCUUCUUUCUUCCAAGAGUUCCAAGCUUUGGCAUGGGGUUAGAACUGGUUCAUCUCCCUUCCCCUCUCCUCCAUGGUUUCUCCUCCUCCUCCUCCUCCUCCUCGCUUUCAUCUCCCCUUCUUGCUCCUCCUCUCACGAUGAAAUUUCCUACGCCAACCACUGCAACUCCACCGUCCCGGAAGCCAUCCCAGCUGGCCUCUUGGUCGAUUCCUCCACCUCCUUCCAGCUCUCCAAUGGCUACUACUCCGGUGGUGGCAGUCUCCUCCGCUCCUUCCCUUACUCCUUCGACUUCCAUGCCAAAAGCCUCCACCAGACCAAAACCCCCGGCGUUCUUCAGGUUGAAGGGACCCUAGUCUUCAACGGAAGACGAGUUGACUACUACCAAAAUGGGACAGCCAACCGCUAUAUCCGCCAUGGGAACUUCAUCGCGAGGAGAAAGCUUAUCUUUCAGCUCUCUGGCUUCUGGUCGAAUUCCACCGGCAAGCUUUGCAUGGUGGGGAGUGGGUUUCUCCAACGCCAACGAGAAGGUACCUCCAUGUAUCGCUCUGCCGUUUUGAAGCUCAAUUACCCUGAGAAAUCCAAUAUCUCCACUAGCAUAGUUAAUGGCACCGUCGAGAGCUUGGAUUCAGCCCAUAGCCCGAAUCACUUCGAUCCCAUUUCAAUUUUAGCCUACGGUCAGAAGAAUUAUGAGUACACGAUGAUUUCCCCAGUGAAAGAGUCGUGUUCUCAUAUUAAAUUUGAGGAAGAGCUGGCAGGAUUCAAUCCUGAUGCAGUCUGUUCUAAACUCCAGCGCUUCUUGUAUGGGCCCUUUAUAUUGGACACCGGGAGCAGCUGCUCUUCUGGGAACUGUGACCCUUUCGGUAAGGGUAUCAAUAUAGUCCCAAGUUUCAUGUUUUUCGAUCUGAUCCAGUGUUCAGACGAUGGAAGGUUGCACUUCCGCAUAGGUUUUUCUAAUGACAGUAUGUCUGCAAAUUAUGGAAUCUUCGAGCCUGACAAGUCCUUAGUGGGCGAGGGGUUUUGGAAUCAAAGUGAAAACCGUCUCUGCAUCAUGGCUUGCCCAAUUCUAAAUGCUAACGGAAGUUCUUUGGCUGAUGCCUCUGUUGGUGAUUGCACUAUCGGGCUCAGCCUGGGGUUUCCUGCAGUUUGGUCAAUCUCAAUUCGGAGCACCACCAUUGGGCGUAUCUGCCGUAGAAAGAACAAGAAUGAUGCUGGCUGCUUCAGCACGGUCUCGUUCCGAAGUUUGCAAAGCAGUGUUGAUUCAAUUCCUGGUUUGAGGUAUAAGUACACCAAAUUGGAUUCUGUCAAGAAAGUUUGUGGAGGGAACAAUAUUACAAAGCUGGGGAAGUGGAGAUAUCCCGAUGGUAGACACUUUGAUGACAUGAUGUUUGUUCUCUCUCUGAGAGAUGUGAAUGGUAGUCAUUCAUGGGGACAAGCAACUCCAGUAUUCAUCGGUGAGACUGAGAUGUAUCAUGGGAAUGGGGGCCCUUUCAUGACAAAUUCAGGGAUUAACCACACCCUCUGGAAUGUAAGUUAUGAGUUAAGCUAUACAUUCUGGAAUGCAUCUUCUAUUGUGGCUAAACCAACUGUGAUUACAGCGGAAGGUAUAUAUAAUGCUGGAACCGGAAUGCUUUGCAUGGUUGGAUGUAAAGCAGAUGGUAUGGACUCUAAUGCCAUGGACUGUAAAAUCCUCAUCAACCUCCAGGUCCCCUCUCUAGAUCCACAGGCUGGAGAGUAUUUUAAUGGCACAAUUAAGAGCCUGAGGGGGAAAUCAGACCCACUUUUCUUUGAUCCUUUACAAGUCUCAUCCUCCAGUAGGUAUACGUCGUUCCAAGCAGUUGAAACAAUCUGGAGGAUGGACAUAGAAAUCAUUAUGGUUCUCAUCUCUCUCACACUUUCAUGUAUUUUUAUCACAAUGCAGAUCUGCCACGUCAAGAUGCAUCCAGAUGUUCUUCCUUCCAUAUCCAUCCUAAUGCUUGUUAUUCUUGCUCUUGGCUACAUGGUCCCUUUAUUCUUGAACUUUGAGGCCUUCUUUGAGCAUCGUAACCGACAUAGUAUUCUGCUACAGAGCGGUGGGUGGCUCGACGUGAACGAGGUUAUCGUGAGGGUCCUGACAAUGGUUGCUUUCUUGUUACAAUUACAUUUGCUUCAACUGGCAUGGUCUUCUAGAUCAGCAGAGGAUGGCAGGAACGGACCAUCAGUCCCGGAGAGGACAACUCUCAUGUUGUGUUUGCCUAUGUAUUUGGCUGGGGGACUAAUUGCUUGCUUGGUUGAUGUAAGUUCUCACAGGCAUAGUAUUGCUAUUGAAGACCACCGCCAAUAUUCCCUCUGGGAGGAUCUGGUAUCUUACUCUGGAAAUCUGAUAUCUUAUGCUGGUCUGGUACUUGAUGGCUUCUUGCUUCCUCAAAUCAUUCUUAAUAUUUUUGGGAACUCCAAAGAUAAGGCUCUCACUCCUUUCUUUUAUGUCGGUACCACCGCGGUCCGUGCAUUGCCUCAUCUGUAUGAUGCCCAUAGAGCUCGCCAUUUCUUGCCCCAACUCAUUUCAUCAUACAUCUAUGCUAGUCCUGAUGAGGAUUUCUACUCCUCUGCGUGGGAUAUCAUCAUUCCUUGUGGAGGUUUGCUCUUUGCAAUGCUUAUAUUCUUGCAGCAGAGGUAUGGGGGUGGUUGCAUCCUUCCUGCAAGAUUUAGAAGGCCUGGUCCUAUGUAUGAGAUGGUUCCUAUGGUUGGUCUCUAGCUCGUUCACAAGAAGAUCAUGGAUGGAGAUCAUGGGUGGCACGAAACUUGUGCACAAUGAAGCUAUAUCUAGUUGAUGCAUGCUUUCGACAUGUUGUUGGAAUUUUCUAGCCAUAUCUUGGGCCAGUAAGUAAGUUUGUGGUUUCUUCUUUGUUUUUGUUGUCCGCAGCUCUAGUACCGCUCUAUUAGGAAAUGAUGCAUUGACCAUCAUAAUGGUCAUUGUUUGUUGUUAUAUUGAAAAAUAAAAGGUAACAAUGUUAUUGGCUCGAA